GCUUUCACUUCUGUGGCCAUUCACCUUUUCCACUUUCACCUCUGCCAAACAAAGGAACUAUUGACUGAGAGCUCAGGCACUCCCCUCUCUUGGCUUCAAGACAAGAAGAUCAGUUGGAGUCCUCAUAGCUAAUUGAGGAAGAAGGAGUUAAUCCCGAGCUCUUCUCUGACCAAACAGAUGCCUACUGAUGCCUAAUUUGUGGGUUUUGUGGAAAACUGGGCCUGCUUGAGUAAGAAAGGCUCUUUGUGACACCCAGUGCUGGACCAAACUUCUGCCUUCCUUCCUCCCUCCCUGCUCCCUUCCCCCAUUGUUAUUUCCCGGCCUAGUUGUUUCUGGGAGUUUCCUGCUUUUGAGGCAGGACCUCCUCCUGUGUCCGAGAUGUCCUCAACAUUUCCUGCUGGAAAACUGGAUGGCCAUUUUUACCUAAGAGAUUAAGUUCGACUUUACUCAUUUUGCAAAGAAGAUAAAGCGAGUUUCACUUUCAGGCUGAAAGGAAAUGUGUGAUUUAAAAAAAAAAGUCUGAAUGAAAACUAAGGGGAUGCAGGACCUCAGGCUGAGUAAAAUCAGAAUGUACUUGGCUUUUGAGGUUGACGCACCUGUUCUCUAUCUGGGAAGUUAAACUGCCUGAAUCACAAUCGCGCACCAAAAGAAGAUAGAAGAUGAUGCAGUCUUUCCAGAGGGAUAGAUGUUACCUAAGCAAGGAGUAGAAUAUGAUACAGGGAUUGCACCCAUAAUCUGGGCUGAAUCAUGAAAGGGUGUUCCUCUUAUCUAAUGUACUCCUUUGGGGGACUUUUGUCCCUAUGGAUUCUUCUGGUGUCUUCCACAAACCAAUGCACUGUGAGAUACAACGUAGCUGACUGCAGCCAUUUGAAGCUAACACACAUACCUGAUGAUCUUCCCUCUAACAUAACAGUGUUGAAUCUUACUCACAACCAACUCAGAAGAUUACCACCUACCAACUUUACAAGAUACAGCCAACUUGCUAUCUUGGAUGCAGGAUUUAACUCCAUUUCAAAACUGGAGCCAGAACUGUGCCAAAUACUCCCUUUGUUGAAAGUAUUGAACCUGCAACAUAAUGAGCUCUCUCAGAUUUCUGAUCAAACCUUUGUCUUCUGCACGAACCUGACAGAACUCGAUCUAAUGUCUAACUCAAUACACAAAAUUAAAAGCAACCCUUUCAAAAACCAGAAGAAUCUAAUCAAAUUAGAUUUGUCUCAUAAUGGUUUAUCAUCUACAAAGUUGGGAACGGGGGUCCAACUGGAGAACCUCCAAGAACUGCUCUUAGCAAAAAAUAAAAUCCUUGCGUUGCGAAGUGAAGAACUUGAGUUUCUUGGCAAUUCUUCUUUACGAAAGUUGGACUUGUCAUCAAAUCCACUUAAAGAGUUCUCCCCGGGGUGUUUCCAGACAAUUGGCAAGUUAUUCGCCCUCCUCUUGAACAACGCCCAACUGAACCCCCACCUCACAGAGAAGCUUUGCUGGGAACUUUCAAACACAAGCAUCCAGAAUCUCUCUCUGGCUAACAACCAGCUGCUGGCCACCAGCGAGAGCACUUUCUCUGGGCUGAAGUGGACAAAUCUCACCCAGCUCGAUCUUUCCUACAACAACCUCCAUGAUGUCGGCAACGGUUCCUUCUCCUAUCUCCCAAGCCUGAGGUAUCUGUCUCUGGAGUACAACAAUAUACAGCGUCUGUCCCCUCGCUCUUUUUAUGGACUCUCCAACCUGAGGUACCUGAGUUUGAAGCGAGCAUUUACUAAGCAAAGUGUUUCACUUGCUUCACAUCCCAACAUUGACGAUUUUUCCUUUCAAUGGUUAAAAUAUUUGGAAUAUCUCAACAUGGAUGACAAUAAUAUUCCAAGUACCAAAAGCAAUACCUUCACGGGAUUGGUGAGUCUGAAGUACCUAAGUCUUUCCAAAACUUUCACAAGUUUGCAAACUUUAACAAAUGAAACAUUUGUGUCACUUGCUCAUUCUCCCUUGCUCACUCUCAACUUAACGAAAAAUCACAUCUCAAAAAUAGCAAAUGGUACUUUCUCUUGGUUAGGCCAACUCAGGAUACUUGAUCUCGGCCUUAAUGAAAUUGAACAAAAACUCAGCGGCCAGGAAUGGAGAGGUCUGAGAAAUAUAUUUGAGAUCUACCUAUCCUAUAACAAAUACCUCCAACUGUCUACCAGUUCCUUUGCAUUGGUCCCCAGCCUUCAAAGACUGAUGCUCAGGAGGGUGGCCCUUAAAAAUGUGGAUAUCUCCCCUUCACCUUUCCGCCCUCUUCGUAACUUGACCAUUCUGGACUUAAGCAACAACAACAUAGCCAACAUAAAUGAGGACUUGCUGGAGGGUCUUGAGAAUCUAGAAAUCCUGGAUUUUCAGCACAAUAACUUAGCCAGGCUCUGGAAACGCGCAAACCCCGGUGGUCCCGUUAAUUUCCUGAAGGGGCUGUCUCACCUCCACAUCUUGAAUUUAGAGUCCAACGGCUUAGAUGAAAUCCCAGUCGGGGUUUUCAAGAACUUAUUCGAACUAAAGAGCAUCAAUCUAGGACUGAAUAACUUAAACAAACUUGAACCAUUCAUUUUUGAUGACCAGACAUCUCUAAGGUCACUGAACCUCCAGAAGAACCUCAUAACAUCUGUUGAGAAGGAUGUUUUCGGGCCGCCUUUUCAAAACCUGAACAGUUUAGAUAUGCGCUUCAAUCCGUUCGACUGCACGUGUGAAAGUAUUUCCUGGUUUGUUAACUGGAUCAACCAGACCCACACUAAUAUCUCUGAGCUGUCCACUCACUACCUCUGUAACACUCCACAUCAUUAUUAUGGCUUCCCCCUGAAGCUUUUCGAUACAUCAUCCUGUAAAGACAGCGCCCCCUUUGAACUCCUCUUCAUAAUCAGCACCAGUAUGCUCCUGGUUUUUAUACUUGUGGUACUGCUCAUUCACAUCGAGGGCUGGAGGAUCUCUUUUUACUGGAAUGUUUCAGUGCAUCGGAUUCUUGGUUUCAAGGAAAUAGACACACAGGCUGAGCAGUUUGAAUAUACAGCCUACAUAAUUCAUGCCCAUAAAGACAGAGACUGGGUCUGGGAACAUUUCUCCCCAAUGGAAGAACAAGACCAAUCUCUCAAAUUUUGCCUAGAAGAAAGGGACUUUGAAGCAGGCGUCCUUGGACUUGAAGCAAUUGUUAAUAGCAUCAAAAGAAGCCGAAAAAUCAUUUUCGUUAUCACACACCAUUUAUUAAAAGACCCUCUGUGCAGAAGAUUCAAGGUACAUCACGCAGUUCAGCAAGCUAUUGAGCAAAAUCUGGAUUCAAUUAUACUGAUUUUUCUCCAGAAUAUUCCAGAUUAUAAACUAAACCAUGCACUCUGUUUGCGAAGAGGAAUGUUUAAAUCUCAUUGCAUCUUGAACUGGCCAGUUCAGAAAGAACGGAUAAAUGCCUUUCAUCAUAAAUUGCAAGUAGCACUUGGAUCUCGGAAUUCAGCACAUUAAACUCAUUUGAAGAUUUGGAGUCGGUAAAGGGAUAGAUCCAAUUUAUAAAGGUCCAUCAUGAAUCUAAGUUUUACUUGAAAGUUUUGUAUAUUUAUUUAUAUGUAUAGAUGAUGAUAUUACAUCACAAUCCAAUCUCAGUUUUGAAAUAUUUCGGCUUAUUUCAUUGACAUCUGGUUUAUUCACUCCAAAUAAACACAUGGGCAGUUAAAAACAUCCUCUAUUAAUAGAUUACCCAUUAAUUCUUGAGGUGUAUCACAGCUUUAAAGGGUUUUAAAUAUUUUUAUAUAAAUAAGACUGAGAGUUUUAUAAAUGUAAUUUUUUAAAACUCGAGUCUUACUGUGUAGCUCAGAAAGGCCUGGAAAUUAAUAUAUUAGAGAGUCAUGUCUUGAACUUAUUUAUCUCUGCCUCCCUCUGUCUCCAGAGUGUUGCUUUUAAGGGCAUGUAGCACCACACCCAGCUAUGUACGUGUGGGAUUUUAUAAUGCUCAUUUUUGAGACGUUUAUAGAAUAAAAGAUAAUUGCUUUUAUGGUAUAAGGCUACUUGAGGUAACAAGAAUAAAAUAUUUAGAAAGAGGAGUUUUGCUUUUUCAGUUGAAAAGUUUUGUAUUUUAUUUUGGUGUUGGUUUUGAUAGCUGUUGAGUAGGGUUUAAACCUGCAUACCCAGGAGCAGAAUAUCUUCUUAAUCUUCAUAGUGUCACAGGACCCCAGACCUAGCACAACUGACUCCAUGAUGGAAGUAACACCUAGGUCAUAAAUCUUAGAACAUAGACUGCAUCGCCUGCUAAGAUGAAAACAAAGACGUAAUCAUCAAAGUCUAAAGUUCUGGGAAAGUCUCUAAAUGUACUAACUUUGCUUUUUGGCUUCUGUAGUUCUGCUUCUGGCUGCUUUUGUUAACUGAAUUAUGUCAAUGCAGAUUAUGGUUUUUGUUGUUGUUGUUGUUGUUGUCUUGGUUUUGUGCCUCAAAGUUCGGUUGGGGCUACCUUGGGAUCCCAAACAGCUAAUAUGGUCACCAACUGGCUAUUAAAGACUUUCUGUUAACAUAAACCCAUGCCUGAGUAGUCUUCUCUGAGAAGAGCCACAGUGAUAGAUGGCAUUUUAUUACUUGAUAAAAUAGAUAUUGGAAUAAAUACUUGUAUUGUGCUAA